CGAUAUAGUGUCAUCGAUGCUCUGCCAUCUCUACGGAAUGACUUUAUAAAAUUUCGUCUUCACGAAAAGUCAGCCGCCAGAUCAGAGAGUUACAAGUUGUUUUGUUAAUAAUAAUUCCAAGAAGUCAGUCAAACUACAUAAAACAAUAUGUCGCGAGGAAGUUCUGCCGGUUUCGAUAGACACAUUACCAUUUUCUCUCCUGAGGGACGCCUCUACCAAGUGGAGUAUGCGUUUAAGGCCAUUUCGCAGGAGAACAUCACUUCGGUGGCUUUAAAAAGCGGUGAUUGUGCCGUUGUAGCUACACAGAAGAAGGUGACGGAGAAAAACAUUGUUCCCGAGACGGUGACCCAUUUGUUUGGCAUCACGAAAGAGAUUGGCUGCGUCAUGACUGGCCGCAUUGCCGAUUCCCGCUCGCAGGUGCAGAAAGCACGUUAUGAGGCCGCCAACUUCCGCUACAAAUACGGCUAUGAAAUGCCGGUUGAUAUUCUCUGUCGCCGCAUUGCCGACAUCAAUCAGGUGUACACACAGAACGCCGAGAUGCGUCCACUAGGAUGCAGCAUGGUGCUAAUCUCGUACGAUGAUGAGAAAGGACCUAGUGUGUACAAAACCGAUCCAGCUGGUUAUUACUGUGGUUUCCAGGCAUGCUCGGUGGGCGCGAAAAUGAUUGAGGCCAAUAGUUAUCUGGAAAAGAAGUACAAAAACAACUUGUCCGAAGAGAAGGCCAUCCAACUGGCCAUCACCUGUUUGUCGAGCGUUUUGGCUGUUGAUUUCAAGCCCAAUGGCAUUGAAAUUGGCGUGGUGACCAAGUCGAACCGCCAGUUCCGCAUUCUCGACGAAAAGGAAAUUGAGGAUCAUCUUACAAAGAUUGCUGAAAAGGAUUAGAGCGCCAGGCGUGCCUAGCGAUCUACAAUAGAUGUUAACUUUACUGCUAUUUUAUACCUUGCGAAAACAAAUAAUAAAUGCUUCUGGUACAUCAUAAUAAA